AUGUCUUCAACUUCAGGAUUACAAGGAGCUGUACAAAGCCAUAUUCAUAGUGGAAUUCAAAGUAGUGUUCAGUCUUCCGGUAAUAAAUCUGUAUACACUAAGCAACAUCCAAGCUCUACUUAUGGUAUUGAGUAUGUUAGCACUUCUAUAUCAAGCCCAUAUACCAGUACUGUAGGAUCAGUUCCAGUUGUUAUCCAUCCAACUACUACAACACCCCAGACACAGUUUGUAACUGUUGCAAAUCAACACUCUGUAAUUCCAACAUCCCAUUAUCAGUUGGAUGGUACAACUACUCAAGUUGGCGUUACCCCAAUAUUAUCUGCUCCUUCAUACAUGCUGUCACCAACCAUUAUGGCUACUAGUCCUCAGAUGAAUGCAACUUAUGCAACUUAUGGUUUUGUACCAUCACAGCACUUAACUUAUUCAUCAAUCGCAUCAUCUCCAACUAACACAUCUCGUCCAAGCAGAACUUCUUCAGGAUGUUGUUAA